ACAACAUGGAAGAUACAGAAGAAACUCUAGCUGAAUUAGUGAAUUCCAACUUCCUGAAGUGUUCCAGCUGUUGCCAUGACUACCAGAACCCUCGCCUGCUCCCAUGCCUACACAGCCUGUGUGAAGACUGCAUUCAGAAGCUUCCUCGACAGAUCACUGCUCCAGCAGAAAACACCAAGUCCUCAGAAAACAUUCCUAAUGGUGAGGUCCUCCAACAGUUCUCUUGUCCUGUGUGUGUGUCCUCAAUAUCACUACCAGAAGAGGGAGGCAGUAUGUUCCAAAGCAAUGCUUUCAUACAGGACUUGUGUAUACUUUACAAAUACAAACAUGAUACAGACAGGCAGUGUGAUUACUGUAAGUUUGCUGGUAAAACCGUGGAUGCGGUGUCUCUAUGUCUGAACUGCCACGAUGAUAUGUGUGGUGAUUGUCAGGAAGCUCAUCACAAGACAAAGAUAACCCGGAAUCAUAAAGUAGUGCCUUACGAACAAAUUAGAAAUGGACUCUAUGAUCACGACAUCAGAGAAUAUCAAACCCUAAAGUGUAAUGAACAUGAAAAUAAUUCUCUGACGUCUUUCUGCACUGACUGUGAAAUGCUGAACUGUCCUCAGUGCCAAACAUCUCAACAUGGAGGUCACAAUAUUAUUGAUUUUGAAAAUGCUCUGCCUAAAUAUUCCAAACAGAUCAAAGGACUGAUUGCUAGCAUCAGGACUCGACUUCCUUCCAUACAAAAUUACUGCCAAUUUCUAGAAAAUUACUCAGAAAAUUUGGAGCAGACCAAACAACAGUUACUAACAAACACACAGACACAGGCAGACAGUCUACACAGUUUGAUUGAUGAGUGCAAGAACAAGCUUCAACAAGAAAUCACAGAAGCAUGUGAAACUGAGAUGGAUCAGGCUAAAGAGAAACUGAACAACCUACAGAUAGCCUCUACCUCUCUACAUAACAAUGCUCAUUUCCUGAACCGACUGAUGACUCAUGGAAAACCAGAGGAAAUUCUGGUCAUGCACCGGGAGAUCACCACCAGGUUGACUCAACUCAUCAAAAUGCAACUGGAUGGACUUACAGCCAAACUUAAGAUUGGAUUUAUACCUGGGGCAAACACAGAGCAGAAUGUUCAGACUUUGUUUGGCAAGCUUUCCAAUGACAAAGUACCCAUAGGAAAAAGUGAGUCAGCUCAGUUAUCAGGAGGAGAAUUAAAAAUAACCUCAGUAUUACCCAAUGUCAAGAGCACUGCAGAGUUCCUACUAUCCUUUGACUCAGAAGGAACAGAUGAGAACCGAGAUAUCUGGCCCACUGGGAUGGCAGUCACUAAGAAGGAUAAUAUAGCAAUUGUGGACAGGGAUAACAAGAAGAUCAAGAUCUUUGACUCAGUAGGGAAACUUCUGAAGGAAUUCACAGGACAGAAUGAUAAUAAGAUAGGAAUUCCUUUUGAUGUUACAGCACUAGAAAAUGAUAGUAUUGCAGUCACCGAUUAUGAAAAAGAAAAUGUCAAGGUCUUCACACAGGAUGGAAACCAUGUUCUCACUAUAUCAGGCUUUUUCAAACAUCCUCGUGGCAUAACGACCAACAGCAAAGGAGAAAUUCUAGUCGUAGAUUGUCGCCAGCAAAGGAUCACUGUUCACGACCCUAAAUCAGGAAAUCUGAUCAAAACAAUAGAAGCCCUGGACCAGAAAGGCAACAGGAUCCUUGUUGACCCAUUUUACAUUGCUACUACCCAUGAGGAUAACAUCCUAGUCACUGAUACUGCUGCUCCAAACAUCAAGGUGUUCAACAUGGAGGGACGCUUCAUCGCAGAAUAUGGUACCUACGGAAUCAAAGAGCAGCAGAUUUUGCAGCCAUUUGGAAUCUGUGUGGAUGAGUAUGGAUACAUUUUUGUGGCAGACAACCAAAAUCAUCGUAUUCACCUACUAAACCCUGAUGGAAAGCUCAACAAAUUUUUACUCACUAAAGCCAACAGUAUAUGGCAUCCUAUGGCUGUCGGCAUUUCUAAGAAGGGAUUUUUCAUGGUGUCUGAGGCAUUAGGAAAAGUUAGAUUGUACAAAUAUUUGUAAUGUACUAUUAUUAAAAAGCUUAAAAGAUAAAUGAUAUUUCACAUCCCAAAUACUGGGUAUACUGAUAUUUCUUGAAUUCGGGCAGUUUAUUUCUUACUAGUGAUCGACUUAGGAAACUCCAAAACCUAUUGCUUGAUAUGAUUAAAUCACUGUAAUCACUGAAUGACAUACUUUUAGAAAAAUCAAAGUUUCACAAGAGCACUGGUUUUA